AUGGAAAUUCGCUCCAAUCAGAAUCAACGGGAUGCUGUCACGGCGGCGGAAUCUGGGCUUCAGCUCAAUUCCGCUGAAAACCCGUCGCCGGGAGGAUCGGUUCCUUUGACAUCGACGUCGAAUUCCACAAGCACGAGCUCCGGCACCGCGCUCGCCGUGGUGAAAACCGCGGUGAAGAAGCCGUCUAAAGACCGGCACACGAAAGUCGACGGCCGCGGACGGCGAAUCCGCAUGCCGGCGAUGUGCGCGGCGAGAGUUUUCCAGCUGACGAGAGAGCUGGGUCACAAAUCCGACGGAGAGACAAUCGAGUGGCUCCUCCAGCAAGCCGAGCCGGCAAUCAUCGCCUCCACGGGAACCGGAACGAUCCCGGCGAAUUUCUCGACGCUGAACGCCUCUUUGCGCGGCGGCGGCGGCUCGACAAUCUUCGCUCAGCCGUCAAAGUCUUCUUCUUCGCCGCUCUCGUUUCACAGCACCGGAAUGUCUCUCUACGAGGACAGUAACGGUGGUGCUAACGGAUCAUCUUCCUCCGAUCCGUCAAGGAAGUUGCUAAACGCGCAAAACGCCGCCGUUUACGGGUUUCACCAUCAGAUGUAUCCGCCGAUAAUGUCGACGGAGAGAAGUCCGACUAGUUUGGUUAAACCUUACAGAGAAGAUUACUUCAAGGAGGCGGAGCCAAGCGGGAGUAGUAGUAAUCAGAAACCGGGUCAGUUUCAGGAUCAAGAGCUGGGUCCGGGUAUGGGUCGUGGGGCGGCGAAUGUGGUGCCGCAACAAAUGUGGGCGGUGCCGGGGACGACGAACGGAGGAAGCGCGUUCUGGAUGCUUCCGAUGAGCGGCUCCGGUGGGCGGGAGCAGAUGCAGCAGCAGCCGGGUCAUCAAAUGUGGGCGUUUAACCCGGGGAAUUACCCGGUUGGGUCAGGCCGGGUUGUGACUGCGCCGAUGGGGUCAAUGAUGUUGGGAGGUCAGCAGCUAGGAUUAGGAGUGGCGGAGAGCAACAUCGCCGCCGCGAUGCGUGGCGGUAGAGGCGGAGAUGGUUUGGCCAUGACGCUGGAUCAACAUCAGCAACAUCAAGAGCCAAACCAGAGUCAACAAGCUAGUGAAAAUGGUGGUGAUGACAAAAAGUGA